GAGCGCUCUCCUUUCCUUAUCUCCCUCAUCUUUCUCUCAUCUCUUUGAGUCUUUCUAACAUUUAGUGAUGUCCGAAGAAAAACGAGACGUAAAAAAUGCUUUACUCUUCGAGUGUGCUUGGGAGGUUGCAAACAAGGUUGGAGGGAUAUACACUGUCAUCAAGACCAAAGUGCCCGUCACCGUCCAAGAGUAUGGUGACAGAUAUUGUCUCAUAGGCCCUCUUAUCUACAAGACCGCUCCAAUGGAGGUCGAGGCCCAGGAACCGGCUGAUCCAGCCUUCGCUGCCGCCCUAGCGCAUAUGCGCUCCCAAGGCGUAAAGGCUCUCUAUGGUCGAUGGCUCAUCGAAGGUGCUCCCCAUGUCCUUCUCUUCGAUACUGGCAGUCAAUAUCACCGCCUCGAUGAGUGGAAAGGCGACCUCUGGAAUUUAGCAGGUAUCCCUUCGCCCCCAAAUGACCACGAAACUAACGAAGCCAUUGCCUUUGGCUAUCUCGUUGCAUGGUUCUUGGGAGAGUAUGUAUCGCGUCAGCUUCAUACCGCGGUCGUCGCACACUUUCACGAGUGGCAGGCUGGUCUCGCUAUUCCCCUGUGCCGUAAAAGGCACAUUGACGUCACCACCGUGUUCACAACCCACGCAACCCUUCUUGGUCGUUAUCUCUGCGCAGGCAGCGUAGAUUUCUAUAACAACCUGCAGUAUUUUGAUGUCGACCAUGAAGCUGGAAAACGUGGAAUCUAUCACCGUUACUGUAUCGAGCGCUCUGCUGCUCAUUGUGCUGACGUCUUUACGACUGUCUCUCACAUCACUGCGUAUGAAUCCGAGCAUCUGCUCAAACGCAAGCCAGAUGGAGUGCUCCCGAAUGGUCUUAACGUCGUCAAGUUCCAGGCCAUACACGAGUUUCAGAAUCUACACGCCAAUGCUAAAGCUAAAAUCAACGAAUUUAUACGUGGACACUUCUAUGGACACUACAAUUUUGAUUUGGAUGAAACUUUAUAUAUGUUCACUGCUGGACGUUAUGAAUAUCGGAACAAGGGUGUUGAUAUGUUUAUUGAAUCUCUAGCUCGAUUGAAUUAUCGCCUCCAAGCUUCUGGAACAAAAACCACUGUUGUUGCGUUCAUCAUUAUGCCAGCAUCAACGCAAUCUUAUACUGUUGAAGCACUAAAAGGUCAAGCUGUCAUGAAGCAGCUUCGUGACACAGUCACCGAAAUUCAGAAUCGAGUCGGUGCACGUCUUUUCGACAACGCUGCGCGGUUUCAUGGUGAAAAUCGAUCAGACUUUGCGCCAGAAGAUCUUCUGUCAGAAGAGGACCAAAUACUGCUCAAACGUCGCAUAUUCGCUCUGAAGCGCAAUUCCUUACCACCCAUCGUCACACACAACAUGGCUGAUGAUUCUAACGACCCAAUCUUGAACCAAAUCCGGCGUGUCAAGCUAUUCAAUAAUGCUUCUGAUCGGGUGAAGAUUGUUUUCCAUCCUGACUUCUUGAAUUCCAACAACCCUAUUCUCGGACUUGACUAUGAAGAAUUCGUGAGAGGAUGUCAUCUAGGUGUAUUUCCAAGUUACUAUGAGCCGUGGGGCUACACUCCUGCAGAAUGCACAGUGAUGGGCAUUCCUUCGGUGACAACCAAUCUAUCAGGCUUUGGCUGCUUCAUGCAAGACUUGAUCGAGCGCCCUCAAGAAGAGGGUUGCUACAUUGUAGACCGCCGCAUGCAGUCUGUUGAAGACUCGGUAAACCAGCUAACUGAACACAUGUUCACUUUCUGCAACAAGACACGUCGGCAGCGUAUAAACCAGCGCAACCGAGUGGAGCGGCUGAGUCCUUUGCUGGAUUGGAAAAAUCUUGGUGUGGAGUACUCCAAGGCACGUCAGUUGGCGUUAAGGCGGGCGUAUCCGGAUUCUUUCGAUGGUGAAGGAGAGGAUGAUUUUGACUUUGGUGGAGGUAUCGAACGUGUUAUUCCCACGUCAAUGCCAGCAAGUCCAAGACUGAGAAUGAUGUCCGGCAUGGCGACUCCAGGCGACCUUGGGACACUUACGGAAGAGAUGCAGAGUCUUGGAACGAGUGACUAUCGUGGGUAUAAUUGGCCACGGUCCGCUGAGGAUGAAGAGGACGGGUAUCCUUUCCCACUUUCGAUGAAAGUGCGUUCACGUGCAAGCUCGAGGUCUGGAACGAGCACACCGGGUGGAGGGGAUAUUUUCAAGAGUUUGAGUGAGCGAGACUUGCAAGAGGCGGAUGCAGCGCUGACUCAAGUGACUAAUGGUGCUAACGGGACCUCGUAAACUAAGCCUUUAUCGAACACUGUAACGAGGAUUUUUACUAUUUUUUAUUACUUGAACCCAGUGCUGUGCAUAUGGCUUGCUUA